GGUGGCGUACGCGUGAACGGGUGUAUGAGUGUUCGAUAGUUAGAGAGGUGCUUCUUAAAUUCUCUAUCUAUACCCUGUCUAAUUUUGUCUCUGUUGGUUGGUGGGCGUGUAUGUACAUAUAUGCGAUGAAGCAAUAAUGAAAAAAGAGAAAAAUCUGUGUGAGCAAAUUGCUGUGUGUAACAAUUUUUAAGAAAAAAUAUUAAUAAAUUUUCAUGAAAUGUAGUACGAAGCACUGGUGCGAUAUUUGUUACAAAAGGAUUUAGCAAUAAUACAUACAUACCCACAUAUGCGUGUAUAUACACACACACCUACGUGCUAGUGAAAAAUUAUGUCAAUCGUUGACUCUAAAAUGGGAUAAACCACAGUAAAAGUGUUUGUUUCCACUGAAAUGAUGCGCUUCUAAAGUAUUCACACACACGCAAUAACUUGUGUUGAACAUGAAAACUCUAAGUGAGAUCAGUGUAGUCUGUUUGCUCUUCUGUGGCAUACAUUUAGGAGUUAUAGCACAAAAACACAUUCAGCAUGCCGACAAUCCAUCAACAUAUAACAUCGGCGGUGUUCUGACGGAUCCCGAGAGUGAAGCACACUUUCGGAGAACAAUAGCGCACCUCAAUUUUGACCAGCAAUAUGUGCCACGUAAGGUCACCUACUACGACAAGACGAUACGCAUGGAUAAGAAUCCGAUAAAAACCGUUUUUAAUGUCUGCGAUAAAUUAAUCGAAAAACGAGUGUACGCUGUCGUUGUGUCGCAUGAGCAAACUUCUGGCGACCUGUCACCGGCCGCCGUCAGCUACACGAGUGGCUUCUACCAGAUACCUGUUAUUGGUAUAUCCUCCCGCGAUGCUGCCUUCUCCGAUAAGAAUAUUCACGUUUCCUUUUUACGUACCAUUCCGCCGUAUUACCAUCAAGCGGACGUGUGGCUGGAAAUUAUGUUUCACUUUGGCUACACCAAGGUGAUCAUAAUACAUAGUUCCGAUACGGAUGGGCGCGCGAUACUGGGUCGCUUUCAAACCACAUCACAGACAAAUUACGAUGACAUCGAUGUGCGCGCUAGUGUUGAAAUGAUUGUGGAAUUCGAGCCCAAACUGGACAGUUUCACUGAGCAUUUGAUCGACAUGAAGACUGCACAAUCGCGUGUGUAUCUGCUGUACGCCAGCACCGAGGAUGCACAAGUUAUUUUCCGUGACGCUGCACUCUACAAUAUGACAGAGGCUGGUCAUGCAUGGAUUGUGACCGAGCAGGCACUCCAUGCCAAUAAUACGCCAGUGGGUGUCUUGGGUCUUGUAUUGGAGCAUGCCAAGAGCGAUAAGGGGCACAUAAGGGACAGUGUUUAUGUGCUCGCGUCUGCAAUUAAGGAGAUGAUGUCCAAUGAAACGAUUACAGAGGCGCCAAAGGAUUGCGGUGAUUCGGGCGUUAAUUGGGAGUCCGGUAAACGUCUGUUUCAGUAUCUGAAGACGCGCAAUAUUACGGGCGAAACGGGGCAGGUGGCCUUUGAUGAUAAUGGGGAUCGGAUUUAUGCCGGCUAUGAUGUAAUCAACAUACGCGAGAAGCAGAAGAAGCAAAUUGUAGGCAAAUUCUAUUAUGACACGGAAAAGGCUAAAAUGCGCUUACGCAUCAAUGACAGUGAAAUUUUGUGGCCUGGCAAAGAGAAGAAAAAACCUGAGGGCAUAAUGAUUCCGACGCACUUAAAAAUUUUAACCAUCGAAGAGAAACCUUUCGUUUAUACGCGUCGCCUCACAGAAGAUGAAGUUAAUUGCGACGAAGAUGAAAUACCAUGCCCACUAUUCAAUGCCACCAAUGGGAGCGAGAACGAGAAUUGCUGUCGCGGCUAUUGCAUCGAUCUACUCAACGCUCUGUCGCAUCGUAUUAACUUCACUUUCGAUUUGGCACUUUCGCCGGAUGGGCAAUUCGGUCACUACACCUUGAAAAAUGUGAGCUCGUCGACUUCGGGUGCGAUAACGUCGCGUAAAGAAUGGAGCGGUCUGAUUGGGGAAUUGGUGAAUGAACGUGCCGACAUGGCGAUGCCACUCACCAUUAAUCCAGAGCGUGCCGAAUUUAUUGAGUUCUCGAAACCGUUCAAAUAUCAAGGCAUCACAAUACUCGAAAAGAAACCGUCACGUUCAAGUACUUUGGUGUCAUUUCUGCAGCCAUUUAGCAACACGCUAUGGAUAUUGGUAAUGGUAUCUGUACAUGUAGUCGCGCUGGUCCUAUAUCUGCUCGAUAGGUUCUCACCAUUUGGGCGUUUCAAACUCUCGCACACAGACAGCAAUGAAGAAAAGGCAUUGAAUUUGAGUUCUGCCAUCUGGUUUGCCUGGGGAGUGCUUUUGAAUAGCGGCAUUGGCGAAGGAACGCCGCGAAGCUUUUCGGCGCGUGUGCUGGGUAUGUUCUGGGCUGGCUUUGCGAUGAUCAUUGUCGCCUCGUACACUGCCAAUCUGGCUGCUUUCCUCGUGCUGGAGCGUCCAAAGACGAAACUGAGUGGCAUCAAUGAUGCGCGCCUAAGGAAUACAAUGGAGAAUUUGACCUGUGCCACCGUUAAGGGUUCAUCCGUGGACAUGUAUUUUCGGCGACAAGUAGAGUUGUCUAAUAUGUACCGGACUAUGGAGGCAAACAAUUAUGAUACGGCAGAGCAGGCCAUACAGGAUGUGAAAAAAGGGAAAUUAAUGGCUUUCAUUUGGGACUCUUCACGCCUGGAGUAUGAAGCAUCCAAAGAUUGUGAAUUAGUUACCGCGGGUGAAUUAUUCGGGCGUAGCGGAUAUGGCAUUGGCUUACAGAAGGGUUCCCCUUGGACUGAUGCGGUUACGCUUGCAAUUUUGGAGUUCCAUGAGAGUGGCUUCAUGGAGGCGCUCGACAAGCACUGGAUCUUCCACGGCAACGCCCAGCAAUGCGAACUUUUCGAAAAGACACCCAAUACGCUGGGACUACAGAACAUGGCUGGCGUAUUCAUUUUAGUCGCUGCUGGCGUUGCCGGUGGUGUGGGACUCAUCAUAGUCGAGGUUAUCUAUAAGAAGCAUCAAGUAAAGAAGCAAAAACGAUUGGACAUAGCGCGUCACGCAGCAGACAAGUGGCGCGGAACCAUAGAGAAACGCAAAACCUUACGUGCAUCGCUCGCCAUGCAGCGGCAAUACAAUGUCGGCCUGAAUGCCAAUCCGGGCACCAUCAGUUUCGCCGUCGACAAGCGUCGCUACCCUCGCUUGAGCCCGCGUGCACCCGAACAAGCCUGGAAGAGCGAUGCGGAUAUUUUGCGCAGCCGACGCUACUUGGAUGAGGCCACCAAAGGCGGCCAUUCGGCAGCUAUUCAUGUGCCAAUGCUAGGAAAAAUGCGUUCGCCAGGCAAUAUAUUGCCACCGCCCAACAUAUUGCCACCACGUUACUCGCCGGGAUAUACCAGUAACGUCUCACAUUUGGUAGUCUAAGGAAGAAUCCAAUGCAAGAAGCACUUUCGCUUGCCUCGUUUAAGCAGAGCCUAAAAUAUGAAAAAAAAUUAUACAAAAUGGGAUAUGUGUGAAAUUGAUUAAAAUAUUAGGCAUCCCUUUAAGGCCGCCUACUUUGAAUUUAUCUGCUUUUUUGUAUCGCACAUGCAACGUUUAGAUUUAUACAGCCACAACGCAUAGACGUUUUGCGAGAUAUUUGGGAGCAUUUGGGAAAUGCUGUGAGAAAGAUCACAGAAUUGAUCUUACAGG